CCGAGAACUAGCUAGCUAGCUAGUGAGCGAACGUAGACUGCUACACCUUAACCCGCCGCAUGACCUUGUACGACAAGAAGGAAGCAUGAAAAGUAGUUCACCUUGUUUCCCCAUUAGGCAAAUGGACUGCGCUGGGCUGGCUUUGUUUUGCGUUUUGCUCUCGCUACGUGGGCUAUCGAAGCAAGCCACAGUCGAUCGAACAGCAGCGGGCAGAGUGAAAUCAUAUUACCUCUCGCUCUCUCUCUCUCUCCCCUGCAUUAGCUCUGGAGCGCUCUCUCUAUCUCACGGUGGCUAGCUUGCUUGGUGCAGCCUGGCUGGAAAUCUGUGCAGGUUCGGAUGCAGACGUUAUACACGUCUCUCCCAUAUCCAUUCUAAGGAGUACUUUUCUUGCGUCGUGAAUUGCCUCUAUAUGUGAUGAUCUGUGUUGAAAAAUAAUAGUUGCAGAGAUAUUCUGUUUGCCGUGAAAUCUCGAGGAGAAACAGACAAGAUUAAUCGGCAUUCAAUCAAAUUUUUUUAAAUGGACUUUUGGUGUAUGCUUAUUGGAGCUAGAAAAAGGGUACAACCCUUUUGUUAUUGGCCGUGAACUUUUUUUUGUGUAUCAGAUGUGUUUGGAUUUUGUGUUGGACGGGACCAUUACCUUUUACAGCUGCAUAUAGGUCAGAAUCUAUCAGGUGAGGAGCUUGUGAAGUCAGCAUGUCUAAGCGUCAGAGCGGUGGAGGCAAGGAGGCCCUGCCGGCACACAUCAAGCGGCCCUGCGUGCAAGUGGCUCGUCCGAUCCACGUCUACCCUCACGAGCCUGUUCAUGGUUGUUCGCGGCACCAGAGUGACGUGGAACGCUUGGAUAACAGUACCCCGCACAUCUGCAGUAGCAGCAGCAGCAGCAGUGGUUCUACAGACGGUCGCCAGCAGAGUCCAGAUCAAGUGUUUGGAUCACACGACAUGGAUAGAUCACAAACGUCACCUCCACAACAGAACUCCCCUCCUCGAGCCUCACCUCUUCACGCAUCCUCACCACUUAGAGUAUCACCUCCAUUGAUAUCACCUCCUCAGGUGUCACCACAGUGUGUAUCACCCUCCCAUGCUUCACCUCUCACAACCUCAACAACCAGGGCCUCUCCGACGACCAGAGGGUCUCCAUCCCGCGUGUCACCGGCUCACGUUUCCCCUAGUCACGUAUCUCCUACCCACACAUCCCCACCCCAGGUGUCCCCAACUCGUGUAUCACCGUCGCACACUUCACCACCUUGCAGCUCCCCUUCUGCAGUAACAAACUGUGAAGCUUGCCACUAUCACCAUCAUCACCAUCACCCACCACCAUCAUCAACAACAACAACUACAACAACCUCCACCACCACCACCACCACACCAUCACAACCAUGUUAGUUACAGCGCCGCGUACUCUCCCUCCGCCACUGGACUCAACUAGCAAACCCUUGUGCGAUUCGCAACGCCACGAGCCCCUGUCCCACAAAGCCCCGCCAAAGUCUUCCGGUGCAGUCUUACCAAUUCGGUCCCAUGCUUCCCUCCCGUCUUGGAUUAAAUCGGAAGACCACAGGCCAACCUGGGCGAAACGCCCUCUGCCUGCGAAGGACCAUUCAAACGAGGCUCGGUCACGGACCGGAGAGAAGCAGCCAACACAGGAGGCAGAGAAGAAUAAGCAGGAAUUGGAAUCGGCGAACCCUGUUACCCGAUGGCCAAGUGCACCAAAAUGGGUUGAACUUG